UCACUUAACCCAAUUGCCUCAAACAUCCAGGACCAUCUCCAGUCGUCCUGAUCUAUAUCUCGCCACUGGCCCCAGAUGGCUCCGGAGGAGAUUGGGGCUGGUGACCCUACACAGCUCCCCUUCCCUUAAACCCAAUUCAGUGCCAGUCAUGACAUCUGUCAUGGUCCCGGAGGACAAACAACAUUAUCGAGCCUACAGCUUGAUCUCUCUAUAUCUGUUGGCAUGUUGUCAUAUUUGCAUGGACUGUGAGCUCCGGGAGGGCGUGAGUCCCCAUCGCUUCGCACUGUGCCCGGCAGUAGUAGGCGAUUCAUGGGUGUUUAGCCAAUUGGAGAGGCCAGCUCCUAGAGAGGGGAAAGGGGCACAAAGAGCAAUGAUAAAAGCAGCAUCCUAAAGUGUCCAUAAAUGCGGGCUGAAUUGAGGCUGGGGGUGGAUGGACGGGUAGGUCUGCAUCGCCACAGCGAGGCAAACGGAGUCGCUAGCCUCUCUGGGGAGCCCAGUAAGAAACUCCUCAGGUCAGGAGGAAAACCUCCGCGGGCUCUUUAAGGGGCUGGAGUCACGUGACACCUCCCGGUAACAUGGCUCUUCCCGAAGAGGCCCUCCCCACGUGACGCAGGCCUGGGCGGGGCCUCGAAACCCUCACCGCUGAUUGGUCGGAGGCGACGGAGGGCGGGGCUGGCCUCAGUGCGAGGGAAUUGAGACUGGGCAAGGGAGUUGGAGCCGGAGCCGGAGCUGGAGUCGCGGCUGCCGCCGCCGCCCUCGGACUGGAGGCAGAGGAGUCGUCCAGAGGACUGGCUGGUUUGACCCUCUCUCCUGCUGCUCCAGCAUCCCAGGGCCAUGUCAGAGCGAGAGGAGCGGCGCUUUGUGGAGAUCCCCCGGGAGUCAGUCCGGCUCAUGGCGGAGAGUGCUGGGCUGGAGCUGAGCGAUGAGGUGGCGGCGCUUCUGGCAGAGGACGUCUGCUACCGGCUCAGGGAGGCCACCCAGAACAGCUCCCAGUUCAUGAAGCACACCAAACGUCGGAAGCUGACGGUGGAAGAUUUCAACCGUGCCCUGCGGUGGAGCAAUGUGGAGGCCGUGUGUGGCUAUGGUUCCCAGGAGGCCCUGCCCCUGCGCCCGGCCAGGGAAGGCGAUCUCUACUUCCCUGAGGACCGAGAGGUGAACCUUGUGGAGCUGGCGUUGGCCACCAACAUCCCCAAGGGGUGCCCUGAGACAGCUGUGAGAGUUCAUGUUUCCUAUCUGGAUGGCAAAGGAAAUGUGGAGCCUCAAGGAUCAGUGCCCAGUGCCGUCUCCUCACUCACCGAUGACCUGCUCAAGUACUACCAGCAAGUGACCCGGGCUGUGCUAGGGGAUGACCCACAGCUCAUGAAGGUGGCACUUCAGGACCUGCAGACAAACUCCAAGAUCGCAGCCCUACUGCCCUACUUCGUGAAUGUCGUCAGUGGGGUGAAGUCAGUGAGCCAUGACCUAGAACAGCUGCACCGGCUGCUGCAGGUGGCACGCGGCCUCCUCCGCAACCCUCACCUGUGUCUGGGGCCCUACGUCCGAUCCCUGGUUGGCAGCGUCCUCUAUUGUGUCCUGGAGCCACUGGCUGCCUCCAUCAACCCCCUGAAUGACCACUGGACGCUGCGUGAUGGUGCUGCCCUCCUGCUCAGCCACAUCUUUUGGACCCAUGGGGACCUGGUGAAUGGCUUGCACAGCAGAUCCUGCUGUCGGCUGCAGAAAGUGCUGGCGGACCCCGUGCGGCCUCUGUGCUCCCACUAUGGGGCUGUGGUGGGGCUGCAUGCCCUGGGUUGGAAGGUGAGGCCUGUGGAGCGGGUCCUGUACCCGCACCUCUCCACCUACUGGGCCAACCUGCAGGCUGUGCUGGACGAUUACUCCGUGUCCAACGCUCUGAAGGCAGAUGGACACAAAGUGUACGGGCCAUCCUGUGAGUGACUGGGUCAGGGCUGGGGGGCUGUGGCCGUGGAGCGGCUCCUCAAGAUGAAGGCGCAGGCCGCUGAGCGGCCGGGGUCCGGCAGCUGCCGGCGCCCCGAAGACCUGCCCUGGACUGGCCUCCUCCUAAACGAGUCGCCCCCCGGGGGCGCCGGGGAGCCGGGCUACGGGCCGGGGGUGCUGGCUCCGGGGACCCCUGGGCUGGGAAGCCCGGCUCCUCCCGUGCCCCUCGGGGACACCUAUCGGGAGCUGUACGCCUUCUGGGACAGCCUGGCCACGCGCUUCGGCACCGGGCAGCCCGCGCCCUCGGCCGCCCGGCCCCCCGGGGCCAAGAAGGAGCCGGCAGCCGUGGCCGACGCCGUGCGCAAGAUGCCCCAGCUGACGGCCAGCGCCACGGUCAGCCCCCGGGACGAGGAGAGCCCACGCGGGGCGGCCCCGGGCGGCCCGGCCAACGCCCCGGCCCCGCCCCCCGCCGCGGCCGAGAGCCGGCCCCUGCCCCGCGUGCACCGGCCCCGGGGGGCGCCCCGGCAGCAGGGCCUGUGCGCGGGGGCCCGUGACGUCUUCCAGAAGAGCCGCUUCGCGCCCCGGGGCGCCCCGCACUUCCGCUUCAUCAUCGCCGGGGCGGCAGGCGGGCCGCCGGUGCCGCGGCGCCUCUUCCAGACGGCCUUCCCGCCGCCGCAGGGCCCCAGCCCGGCCUCCCGCUACGCCCAGAAGCUGCCCAUGAUCGGCCGCACGGCGCGGCCGGCGCGCCGCUGGCUCCUGUCGGACUACUCGCUCUACCUCCCUCUGUGAGGG